AUGCGGUCGCAGCUGGCGCGCAAUGUCCAUAUUCGACUGCUGGCCAGCAAUGGCUAUGCCUCAUUGAUGUCUUGUCGCGCGCUUCCUGGCUGCUACCCUGCGUCCCUGUCUCUCCCAUGCCCAGUCCCAUGCCCUCAUUUUCCCUCCCCCUCUCCCCAGCCGUUGGCCCGCCGCCAGCAGAGGAGGUCCUUCUUCAACAUCUUUCAGAAACCCCCACGCCAAAUCAAGGAGCCCGACUUCGAACCUGGCUAUGACGUGUUGCUUCAGUUCAGGAAGAGUGAGUCCGAGGGUGCCCGCCCCCCAGACCGUGACGAGCUCGUAAACGGCUGGUUACAAUUCAUUCGCCACAAGAAGCGUCGGAGGAAAGGUCUGAACCAAACUCAGGCAUUUCUGGCCAUGCGGCUCCUCCGCUACCUUAUUGAAACCGAGACAGAAGGCUAUGAGGACAUCACUAUUGAGGAUCUCCGGGCCGCCCUUCAUGUUGUUAUGAAGCCCCCCAAGGGCAACCCUGAGAGCCAUCUCGAGUUGGCGAAGUUGUUAUACGACGAAAUCGACGGAAGAAUACAGCGCAUGCGUAAAUUCGGCCUCGACGAAAAUACGAUCCGGCAGAUCACUGGUGGUGCUAAGGGAACCACGGAUUUUGAAAACUACCUGAAGAGCUUGGCCCAAUAUGGCGGCGCUCUCGAGGCAGUUGACUGUUUCUCCGGAUAUUUGUCCCAAGUCAACGGAGCCGAGUUACCGCCAGUUGCCAAAGUUCUGUGGGUGAUAAUCCUCCGUGGUCUUGCUAAGGAGGGCCGCGAGGAAGAGUUGCUUCGCGAGUUUCAGGCUGCUGAAGCUGCCGGGGUUGAGUUCUCACCAAAUAUCCAUGAAAUUAUGGUCACUUUCUAUGGAAGCCGCGACCAAGUUGAAGAAGCAAAAUACUGGUUUGAGAGGCCUGUCCAUGCUAACUGGCGUCGGACUCCUGAAGCUUACAUGCAAGCGAUCAAGUUCGCUCUCCGCAAUGACGAACAAGAAUGGCUCCAACGCAUGAUGGAGGAACUGGUCAACUCCAAGCCCGGAAAAGAGUGGUGGAAUGUUAUAUUGUAUUGGGCAGUUGUGGCAAUGGACAAAGGGGCUGAGGAAGUCAAGCAAAUGAUCCGGAUCAUGAUGUCAACACCACCUACAGAUGGUGUGGAUCCGCCAGUGCCGGAUACCACGACACUAGAUGCUCUCAUUAGGGCGGCCACCGAAAAGCAAAAUCCUUACUUGGCCGAAAGAUUCCUUUCUAUCGGCCAUGAGCUAGGAAUUGAACUCAAGGCCUCGACCUAUCUUCUUCAGAUGGAUUACCGCCUAGACGCGAAAGACUUUAGCGGUGUGCAGGCCAUCUAUGCUAAGUUUCGUCGCGGAGAGGUCCCUAUCGAGAACGAGGAGGACCUUCCUGUCGUCAACAAGUAUAUCCGCGCUCUGUGCUCGGUUAAAAACCCCGAUAUUGAUCGCAUACUUGACAUUGUCGCUGAUCUGGAGCACCGUCAAGCGACACUGGAACCUGAAACGGUGGCGGCGAUUUGCACAGUUUUGCUGCGCAACGACAAUCAAUUCGAAGUGAUCGAUACGCUUUCGAUGCACACGGUCUCAUACAGCCUGGAAGAACGCGCUCAGGUCCGCGGCGCCCUCAUCGAUUUCAUCCUCGACCCAAAAGUUAGCACCGCUCGCGUUUGGGAUUGCUACUCAUUACUACGACAAUACUUCCCGGAAACCCCGCCUGCAGAUAGAGUUCGUCUAAUGGAUGCCUUUUUUGCUCGUAAGCGUCCCGACAUGGCAGCAUACAUCUUCGGACACAUGCGCAGCCACGACAACCCGGCGAUGCAUCCUACAGAGGACGUGUACAUCCGCUGCUUAGAGGGUUUCGCUCGGCUACCGGACCCAGAUUCGCUGCGCAUGGUGCAUAACAUGCUCAAGAUGGACACCAAAAUCCAGAUGACCACGCGCCUGUACAACGCUUUGAUGCUGGGGUACGUGGCAUGCGACGACCCAGGGACUGCUCUGGAGUUCUGGCGGGACAUUACCAACUCCCGUGAAGGUCCUUCGUACAACAGCCUCGAGAUUGUGUUCUGGGCUUGCGAGCGGCUGCCGUAUGGCGACCGUACGGCGCGCCAGAUCUGGGCCAAGAUGCAGCGCCUGGACCUGGAGGUCCCGCCGCAAGUCUUCUGGGCAUACUGUGGCGCGCUGGCGGGGAGUGGCCAUGUUGAUGAGGUGAUCAGGUUGAUCCGUGGGAUGGAUGUCAUGGUAGGGUAUGGGCCAGGAUUGAUGACAUUCGGCGUGACGUACAAUGCGUUACCCAGCGAGGACAGCAAAGCUAUCUUCGAGGAGUUCGCCCGAGCCGAGUACCCUGAGAUCUGGGCGCAAUUGGAGAGGAAGGGGCGCAGGGAAACUAUAGAGGGCAUCAAGUUCAACAUCGUAAGGGAGAUGCACGCUUGA